CGAGGCGCCGGAGAGGGCGCGCUGCAUUGUGGGCAGAGGGGCGGGGGUUGGGAAGAUGGCGGCUCCCAGCCUCCUCAACUGGAGGCGGGUUUCUUCCUUCACGGGGCCGGUCCCCCGUGCCCGGCACGGACACCGGGCCGUGGCCAUCCGGGAGCUGAUGAUCAUCUUCGGUGGGGGCAACGAGGGCAUCGCGGACGAGCUUCACGUCUACAACACGGUUACAAAUCAGUGGUUCCUACCAGCUGUUAGAGGAGACAUCCCUCCAGGCUGUGCCGCCCAUGGAUUUGUCUGUGAUGGAACCAGAAUAUUAGUAUUUGGGGGAAUGGUUGAAUAUGGAAGAUACAGCAAUGAGUUAUAUGAGUUACAAGCAAGCCGUUGGUUGUGGAAAAAAGUGAAGCCCCAUCCCCCUUCUUCUGGUUUACCUCCUUGUCCUCGGCUGGGACAUAGCUUUUCUUUGUACGGUAACAAGUGCUAUUUGUUUGGCGGCCUGGCAAAUGAAAGUGAAGAUUCAAACAACAAUGUGCCCAGGUAUUUAAAUGAUUUCUAUGAAUUGGAGCUACAGCAUGGUUCUGGUGUUGUGGGUUGGAGCAUUCCAGUGACUAAAGGGACUGUGCCUUCUCCAAGAGAAUCCCACACAGCUGUUAUAUAUUGCAGAAAAGAUUCUGGGAGUCCUAAAAUGUAUGUUUUUGGUGGAAUGUGUGGUGCUCGCUUGGAUGACCUAUGGCAACUUGACUUAGAAACUAUGUCAUGGUCAAAGCCAGAAACUAAAGGGACAGUGCCACUUCCACGAAGCCUUCAUACAGCCAGUGUUAUAGGAAACAAGAUGUACAUUUUUGGUGGCUGGGUUCCACAUAAGGGGGAAAAUAUUGAGACUUCACCUCAUGAUAGUGAAUGGAAAUGUACCAGUUCAUUUUCUUACCUAAAUCUGGAUACAGCAGAGUGGACCACCCUAGUAUCAGAUUCUCAGGAAGAUAAAAAAAAUUCAAGACCAAGACCAAGAGCUGGGCACUGUGCUGUUGCAAUUGGCACUCGACUGUAUUUUUGGAGUGGAAGAGAUGGCUACAGAAAAGCACUAAAUAGUCAGGUGUGCUGCAAGGAUCUCUGGUAUCUUGAUACUGAGAAGCCACAAGCGCCAUCACAAGUACAGCUGAUCAAAGCCACUACCAACUCUUUUCAUGUCAAAUGGGAUGAAGUGCCUACAGUGGAGGGCUAUCUUUUGCAGUUGAACACUGACUUGCCGUACCAAGCGGCACCAUCAGAUUCCUCAGCAGCACCAAAUACGCAAGGAGUCAGGAUGGACCCUCACAGACAAGACAGUAAUAGCAUCGCUCCUAACAGUAUCAAUAAUACAAUGAACAGUACAAAAACUGAACAUACAGCUACAAAAGGAACUUCAGUGGAAAACAAACCAGAUCUCAAAGCAUCAACUGACUCUAAUGCCAUUUUACAUUCAUCUUUGGCAACUAAUGCUUCUAAUCAUAAUAGUUGUGUGGUGGAUAUACUAAGGAAAAAUGAAGGUCCUCACACUUCAGCAAAUACAGGUGUUCUAAGUAGUUGCCUGGAUUUAAGAACAAUAAUUCCUGAAACUUCUGUAUCCAGUACUGUUUGCAGCGCACAAACUAUGGUAACCCAGCAGACCAUUAAAACUGAAUCAUCCCGUACAAAUGGGGCAGUUGUUAAAGAUGAAACUUCACUAACAACAUUCAGUACCAAAUCUGAAGUUGAUGAAACAUGUGCACUGCCUGCAACUAAGAUCAGCCGUGUGGAGGCACAUGCUACAGCAAUGCCAUUUUCUAAAGAGACUCCUUCAAAUCCAGUGGCCACAAUGAAAGCAGGAGGAGAACGACAAUGGUGUGAUGUAGGAAUUUUUAAAAAUAAUACAGCUUUGGUAAGCCAGUUUUAUUUGCUGCCAAAAGGGAGGCAAAGCAUCUCAAAGAUAGGAAAUGCAGACGUACCUGACUACAGUUUACUUAAGAAACAAGACCUUGUUCCAGGAACGGGAUACAGAUUCAGGGUUGCUGCUAUCAAUGGUUGUGGAAUCGGCCCUUUCAGCAAAGUCAGUGAAUUUAAAACUUGUAUUCCCGGUUUUCCCGGAGCCCCUUCCGCGGUCAGGAUUUCAAAGAAUGUUGAGGGUAUCCAUCUUUCCUGGGAACCUCCAACUUCGCCUUCUGGAAAUAUUUUGGAAUAUUCAGCCUACUUGGCAAUCCGCACAGCACAAAUACAAGAUAAUCCAAGUCAACUUGUGUUUAUGAGGAUUUACUGUGGUCCUGAGACAUCAUGUAUAGUAACUGCUGGGCAACUUGCAAAUGCACAUAUUGAUUAUACAUCUAGACCUGCCAUUGUGUUCAGGAUAUCAGCAAAGAAUGAAAAGGGAUAUGGACCAGCUACACAAGUUCGAUGGCUUCAAGGUAACAGUAAAAAAGCACCUUUAAAUUAAAUUUCUUUUUUACUAAAGCUAUUGUGAUUAUGGUUAUUUAUUAGUAACUGGUUAUGAAGAUUUGUCAUUUAAAAGAGUAUUCCUUGUAUUUCUAGCAGUUAUGAAUUUGAAUUUGUAAGUUCUUAAAAUGUAUUUGCUCAAUUCUAGAUCCAAAUAAAAACAGAAAAGAAGUAAAGACUCUCUGAGAAUUAGUAUAUGGAUUCUUCGUUAUAGUUAUAGCUCUUUCACAAAGGAACAUGGUAAAAUUAAGAUUAAAGCUAGAAGGUUUUAUUACCCCAAUAUAUUUUAUAAAGGCCAUGUAACUCAGUUAGAGUUCUUGAGGUGAUUCUAGUAACUGGCUGUUGUACAAUGUGCUGUCUUUGUAGUAAAUGUUCUCUACAUUGUAAAGGUCCUGUCUUUGAGUACUCCCUCUAACUUGAUUCUGUAUGAGCAGUAUUCCUCUAACAGCUGUUUUCUACUGGAUAAUAUAAUAUUUGUGAUAUUAAUCUUAGCAGCCAUUAAAUUUCUUUGUUUAUUCACAGUUAGCACAGAGCUUAAGAAAUUUAAAAAAACAAGAGGCAAGUUCAGAAACUCUGCUUUUGAAUUUUUAUUAUUUUCCAAGUAUCAUGGCAAAAUGUAGUGUGUUUUCUUGAUUCAUACCAGGGUGAUAUAUAGGAAUAUAUUUUUCGCCAAGGCACUUAACUUUGGCCCUUAAUUUCCUCAUUAAUAGAAUAUUUUACCUUUAAGUUUUCUUUUAGCACCUAAGUUCUGUAUUUUCAUCAGAAGUGAAGUGUUUCCCUGAACAAUUCAGCAUCUGUUUUCAUGGUCCUAACUUUUCUUUUGCUGAAAUUAAAACAUUCAUAAUUUAAAAUCAAAAUUAAAGUAUAUGUCCCUCUUAUUGCAGAAAGAAAUAAGCACCUUAAAAGGACACAAAUUUUGAAAUAGUGUUUUAAACAUUUGUAAGAUUUUUGUAAGUGCUCUAAAUGUUUUAUUUUUGCAUUGUUUUUACCUCAAAAUUGUAUAAACUUUUUUACAACUGAAAUAUAAGCAUUAGAUAGCUUACUCUCAGGUUCCAUUACAACCUUAAAGAUGCAGGUAGGGAUUCUGGAUACUCUGCUACAGGUAACCUGUUUUAAACCUUUUAGGAAUUUCAUGGUUUCACUGCCUAUUCAGAUCGGGAAUCAAUACACAGAGCAAUAAUUAGAGAAGAGAUAUUUGCAACUCAGAGCUGCAGUAACUGCAGGGGCACAGGUCUUCUUUUUUGUACUGUGUGACCUUAUGCCAGUGUGGGUUGACGGAGUAGUUACGUCCUCCAACUUCAUGUAUAAUACUCCCAGAAGAGAUAGAUUUAAUAGAUGUGCAGAAUUGAUAUAUAUGUAUGUUCCAGUUACUAAUUUAAAGUGUAUAGAAUAUUUUAAUAUAUAAUUUUUGUAAAGAACUGGGAUUUUUAUACUACAGUAUUUGUAAUUAAUGUGUUUCACUAAUGAAGUUUCUCUUGAAGAAAAUAUGCAAAUCGUUAGAUGCGUAACGAGUGAUUUCCAAACUCUAAAGGUAAAAUAAAUGCACUACUAUGGUGUUGUUAGAAUAUCCCCUUUUUGUGGCUGUAUGAAUCCUUAAUCUUUAAAUGUGUACUUUACAAACAAUGUUUACAAGGAGCUUCUCCGGUUUGUUAUCCCAGCACCUUCCUUGGUGAGAGCUUCAUUCUGCAUUUGUUGAACUCAUAUGCUUUGCUUUUAGCAUAUACUUGCUUUUUGCACUAGUAGAAUUACAACUUACCUCAUUAUUAUGUUUGUAAUUAUUUGUAUAGCUUCCAUAAUAUGUCUGAUAUAGGCUAAACAAAUACUUAACCAAAGUUAAAAUAAAUGGUAAGCAAUUUUGCACAUACUAAACGCUAGGGUUUGUUGUGUAUGUGUGCGCGUUUAGUUAUAAAACGAGUAAGAAUGGAAAGUUAUAGUAAGUAAUGUUUCAAAGCCCAAUUAUUUUAAAGAUCUGUUUAUUUCAUUAGAAAAAAGUCUGGCUUUUAACCCCUUAUUCUUUGUAUUAACAGUUUGCAUCUUGAAGCUUCUCUUAAUGACAAGGAAUAAGCUGUCUUUAAGCAAAGAAUGGAGUAUUUGUUUGAGUGUGCACAUUUAUACCUAUUUAGUAUUUGGUUUAAUUUACUUUGCUUAAAUGCCUCUACUGUUAUAAACCACGAGGUGAAUAUGAACUUUUGGUUCUAACACCUAUCUUAUUUUCUAUUGGGAAAGGCAUUCUUUCUCUACCAGGGGAUUUGUUAAAAUAACUAGUGUUUUUACUUUGAGAAUUAGCCCAGAAUCUGUUAUUAUUUUUUUAGCAUUUGUGAAUUAAGUACCAGUCACAUUCAUCUGUCUGAUAAGUGGUGACUUAAAGAUGCUGCUGAGAAAUCUCUGUGGCUUUUUCACAAACAGUUAAUAAGAGAUCUUUGACCCAUGUGUUCAUGACUAGAAUGGAUUGGGGUAAGUUGUAAAAGAAGUGCGUUUAGCUUCUUAUGAUUGGCAUGUUUCUACGUGAAGAUCCCUUUGAGCAGCAGUGGGCUAUAUUAUGCAGAUAUCAUAAGAGGAUCUACAAUGAGUUUGAGUUAAAUUAAUUUCUUUACUUCUCCCAGCUGUAUAAGCAAUUCAGACGCACAAGUCCUUGUGCUACAGCCCUCCUCCGGGCUCUGCAACCUUGGUUCCCAUAUGCAGUAAAAAGCUCUUGAUGUUGCAUGCUCUUAGGAUUAUGUUUUCUAAAAUACUGUAUUGGUUUUGAUUCAGUUUAGUAAAUUUUGGCAGUUUGACUAGAAAUAGGAUAUUAUAAACUCACUUUCAUCUGCAUUUUUUAAAAAAUGGGAAUAAUCUGAUUGCAUGUAUAAGGCCCUCUUGUCCUAUAACUGAAUUACAUAAAUAUAAUCAUCUAUAAGAAGGUGAAACUGUUGAUCCACUAUUUCAAAGACUUGUAGACUAGCAAAGAUUUGUUCUAAUUAGAGAUAUGGUCUACUACAACUGAAGAUAUUUUUAUUUUUAAAAAUUGCAGCAUAAAAAUCAUUUGUAACAUUGGAUAUCAAGAGAUUAUUAGUACUUAAAUUAUUCUAGUCAUCUGGUCACAAAUGAACUGGGUUGCAAAGUAGACUUGGUCUUUGACCAUUUAAGCAGGUAUAACUGACAGUUAUGUUUUCCAAGAAAUGAUUUUAGGCAGUUUUAUGUAUUGUAUACCAAUGAUAUGUAAAAUAAAGCACCUUUUCUACUAUAACCAAUUACAGGUGUUAUUUAUUUUGAACUAUGUGAAAGAAAAAUUAAUGAUGGCAGAGUAAAUCUGUACAAAUGUUGAUUUUUAUAUUAGUCACUUAAAAUAAUAUAGGCAGGUUCAUAAAAAAUGGAUUAUGUCUAAAAUCUUGUUUUUAAGUCAGUGGAUUGUGUUUAGGAGUCGUUUUCUUAUAGAAAUGUAAAGCCUGACCCUAAUUGUAGCUGAGCUAGUAUGCUUGGAAGUUAAAAAGCAAAUGGCUCAAAACGAUAGUCUAAACUUAUUGUCACCUCUUUUUUGUCUUCUAUUUACUCUUUAAUUUUUUAAUUAUAGUUGGCAUAUAAUAUUAUAUUAGUUCCAGGUGUACAGCAUAGUGACUCAUUAUUUAUAUAUCUUAUGUAUGACCACCACGGUAAGUCUAGUACCUGUCUGUCACUAUGCAAAUUAUGGCACAAUUGACUGUUCCCUGUGCUGUACACUGUACAUCCCUGUGGCUUAUUAAUUUAUGGCUGGAACUGUAUACCUCUUACCCCCGUUCACCUGUUUACCCGCCUCCACAGCCCCCUCUGGCAACCCUCAGUUUGUUCUCUGUUAUCUGUGAGUCUGUUUCUGGCUUCUUGUGUUUAUUCAUUUAUUUUUUUAGACUGCAGGUAUAAGUGAAGUUUACUCAAUCUUAAUUUUUUUCCUUAUACUUUUCACCCAUUUUUAACUCACAGCAGCCAGGCUUCUGUCCUUUUACAGCAUCAAAAUGGCUUUAGCAACGGGCAGGUAUAACUUCUCAUUUCCCAAAUCCAGUGAAUUCUUUGAUUAUGCUUAGCCUUGUCAUUUGAAGCUUUUAACCACUCUCCUGACACUGCCACGGUGUUUCAGUUUCUGGGAUGCCGUGCUCCACCUUUCUUUAUGCACCUUGUGUCCCCUUUUCUGGUUGCCAUCCUGUUUUUUUUCAAGAUUCAGGUCAAAUGGAGCCCACCUGGUGAAGCCCUUCCUGACAUACUCCAUUUCCAGGCAGAUUUGACCCCUUCUGCUUGUCCGCCCAGGGUCCUUUGCUACAUCUUCUGUCCCGGCAGUCUGUGUCCUGUCUGCCCUCAUUUGUCAGAACCGUUCCUCCCCCUCCGCCAGAUGGUAAGGUCUUAGAGCCAGACUGGGUCUUCAUAUUUCUUCCAUGUCACCCAUUUAGCUGGUUCUUAAAUAUUUUAACAAAUUAUUAAAGAAAAUUGUUACCUUUACAUAGCUCCACACUCUCACUCCCCGUUCUCAAAUUAGGGUGAAAAUGGGAGGGGGCUUUUGAGAGGAAAUGAGGUUUUAGCAGAUUUAAUAAGGCUUUGGAGGAAAUACAAACCCCAGCUUUGUCUUACCCUAUCCUGCUGUUACCUAAACCCCUAAGAGAAGUUCUGUGAUAAAUAAGGGAUGUGCCACAUAUUUACUAGGCUAAAGGGGAUUUAAUGUAGAUCCUCCUGAUCUCAAGAGGAAGUCUUGGAUCUAAAAAGAUUAGUGAAAUCAGUGGACAUUGCUGGAUUAUGACUUUUAAUAUUGGAUGAUCAGGAGAAUGAGCCAACAAUAUUUUCAUAGUUAACCUCUCUGAUUUCCAUAUAGGAAAGCCAUGGGUAAUUGUCUAACAUUAGAAAGAAACCACCUGGUUUUAAUAUUUAAGCACAGGGAACUGCCGGAGGACACAUAUCCACCAGCAUUAGAACCCUACUGGAUUCUGUUACGUAUCAGGUCAGGCCACUCUUGUCACCUCUGAGCUUAUGGGGCAAAGGAUUCUUACACUACUGGAAAACAAGGUAAUAUUGGCACGCCUUCCUUCUAAGUUUCCCAGGUAUAGUUGGGAAUCCCUGUGCUUAUUUAUAUCCCUAUAACUCAGGAAAAGACUGUGUUAUCAUUCAUAGAAAAACAUGAACUACUACAUUCUGGAGAGAAAAAAUAAAUUCUGUAAACUCUAUAAAGAAAGAAAAGGCUAUAAAAUUCAAAGAUACUUCUUGUUCAAAAUAGAUUUCUUUUUCUUAAUAGCAUCGGUUUGCUUCUUUUCUGCCCUCAGCAGACCUAAAAUCAGGAAAAUGUUCAUUUGUGGGACUAUUAAUCUCAGCAAGUAAGUGUGGCAAGGGUCUUUUGUUUUGUAUAUUUGGUGUCUUGGAUAACUUGAACUGAGCAUGAAUCUGGUUCUUAAAGUUCAUCAAACUCAAAUCUGACUACCACUCAUGCCAGGACCUCAAAUUCAAAAGUCUUGAGAAUACAGUUAUGAUGCCUUUGGCCUUGUAUAGAGAGAAGGCUAAGAAGUCGUAGGUAUGAGGCUGUGGAGGAUUUCCUGUUUCCUGACUUGAUUUAGUGGUUCUGCAAAAAGUCUUGGCAGAGUACUCAGAGAUGUCAGGGUGUUUACAUAUAACCUCUGAAGAUAAAAGUGCAAAAGGUAUGAAUUGGGGGCAUAUCAGAUAUGAAAGCUGUUAACAGAGAAGGAAAUGGUCCCUCAUCCUACCCACUCACCCAUUCUGGUCUCCUUACCACCCAGAGACAAGGAGCUAAAGGAGACAUCAUUCAUUCCUCACCAUGAGCAUUGAAGAAGGUACAAAGAGAGCCAGCCCUCUGGGUCUGAGCAUCACAAGUUAAAAAUAAAAGGUAGCAGCUGGUAUUUGUUUUUGAACAUAGAGUUAAUUCUUUCCACUAGUGAAUGGUGGUCCUAUAGAUGCCCAGCUCUGACCAAGAGCAUUAUCUAUUCCUCUG